UCCACUAAAUUCUAGAUACACACACUUAUCUGCCACAUGUGUGCCUCGAGGGGAGGGACAGGCUGUGAGGGGCGAGGGAGGAAGGGGGGCGCGAGACAUAAAUACUGGAUAGCAGCAGCCACCAGCACCAUUCCAGCACCAGCCUUGCCCUAACUACCUUGCCUGCCUGCCUACAGAGCAAGAUGCGCAGCAGUGUGUUCGUGGCCGUGUUGGUGCUGGUGGUCCUCGCUGCCCUCCUCACCCAGGGGCAGGAGCUUCAUGUUCCCGAGCGUGAGGCCGUGGCCACCCUGGCGGCACGCAUCCUGAAGGUGGUCCACGCCCCGCAGGAGGCCGCCGCAGGUCUCCCUCACAAACGCAACUCUGAACUCAUCAACUCGCUGCUCGGCCUCUCUCCGCUGAUGAACGAGGCCGGCAGGCGGUGAUGGGCGAGCCCUUCACGCCCUUCCCUGCUGCAGGCUGAGGCGGGUCGUCGCUGCCCUGUUGCAAGCCUGUCCAUUCCACCACGCAUGUCUUGAGCUAUUUAACGAAUAAACUUAACACCAUCAUCAACGAAAGCCAUGUAUUCCUCAUUUUGACCAUGCUUUUCCUUUUCAUUCAGAGCAAAUGCCCUCCAAAGUCCGCGCCUCAACACCGCCGUCACAACUCAGGCCGGACAAACGCGUCGGUCUUCAUCAAGGCUUCUUUCUACUCAGCAAAACUCUUUUCAAAGCAAAUUUUUCUUUUUUUUUUCUAAUCAGGCAAACCUUUGUUGUAUGUCAAUAAGGUAAGACAGACAACAAUGUGAUACAUUCAGGAAAAAUCAAUGCAGACAACGGAGAGCUUCCUCUCCUUAGCCCAGAUCGGCAGUGUAUACGGGUAUAAUUAUGUGUGGGGUGUGGUUGGAUGGGUGUGUUCCGACUACCCUUAUGGCCUCCUAAACAUCGGCAUCUUAUAAUGGAGAGACAUGCACUAGUGUGUCCUUCCCUGUGAGUCUCGAGGUCUGUUUAUACACAAACUGUUUCGCUAAUAAUUAUCAGACAUCGGUAAUCACUCAAAAAUAAGCAAGAAACACUCCGCCAUUCACCCAUCCUUGUCAGCUCACAGAUCCACCGCUAGGGGCAAAGCUACUCAUUGUUCCGGAGCUCGUCCAUAAAGGGCGGUGCUUUAAUAGGAAACAGUUGAUAAAUAUUCCACAAGACAGAACAGCAGUCA